GCGCAUUCGCUGUGACGCGAGGGCGGGAGCGGGCGGCGGCCCGUGGGCGGUUCGGGCCGCGCUACUUGUGCCGGCCGCGGGGCGCGGUGCGGCGCUGCCGCGAUCGCCUGCCAUGGAGGAGCAAAAAGAGACUCUGCAAAGGAUCAUCUCUACUCUCGCAAACAAAAAUGAUGAAAUUCACAACUUCAUUGACAUGCUGAACCAAACAAUACGAAAUGUUCAGAUAAACUCUUCUAAUGUGAUUAGUGAAUUGGAUGAUGAAUUUGAUGCUCUGUAUUCUGUUUUGGAUGAGAUGAAGGGGAGUAUGGCUAGCACUAUUCAGCAGGAACAGGCUCGUAAAAUUCAAGCUCUUCAGAAUCAGCUUAGCCAGUGUAGUAAUGCCCUGGAGAGUUCUGAAGAGCUGCUGGAACUUGCUGCGCAGUCGCUGGACAUAAAGGACCCUGUGAAAUUCUCAGAGGCUGCCAGACAGAUCAAAGAUAGAGUCACAAUGGCUUCAGCAUUUCGCAUCUCUCUGAAACCAGAGGUCAGUGACAGUAUGACUCAUUUGAUGGUGGACUUCACCCGGGAAAGGCAUGCACUCCAGACUGUUAAGUUUUUGCCAGUUCCUAAAGCUCCAGUGAUUGAUUUGUCAGCAUGUCUAGUCAUUGAUAACUGUAUAACAGUAUCAUGGAGAAUGCCUGAAGAAGACAGCAGAGUUGAUCACUUUGUACUGGAAUAUAGGAAAACCAACUUUGAUGGCCUUGCUCGUGUUAAAGAUGAACAGUCUUGGGAACUGAUAGACUAUAUUAAAGCUACUGAAUAUACAUUAUCAGGUCUAAAGUUUGAUACAAAAUAUAUCAAUGUUAGAGUACGAGCUUGCAACAAAGCUGUGGCAGGGGAAUACUCCGAUCCUGUGACUCUGGAAACAAAAGCAUUUGUGUUUGAUUUGGACAAUACUUCAUCUCAUCUGAACUUAAAAGUUGAAGAUUCCUAUGUUGAAUGGGAACCUACUGGAGGUAAAGGCCAAGAAAAAGUAAAAGGGAAAGAAAAUAAAAGCAGAAGUGGUGCAUCUCCGAAGAGGACAUCUACUGGUGGAAAGGCCACAGUGAAAGGCAGCAGAGAUCGCUUUGCUGGUGAAUCAUACACUGUGUUAGGAAAUAAUGCUAUUGAAAGCGGUCAGCACUACUGGGAAGUGAGAGCACAGAAGGACUGCAAAUCCUACAGUGUGGGCGUGGCGUAUAAAACCCUGGGGAAAUAUGAUCAGCUGGGAAAGACUAACAUAAGCUGGUGCAUCCAUGUCAACAACUGGCUGCAAAACACAUUUGCAGCGAAACAUAAUAAUAAGACCAAGACACUGGAUAUACCUGUUCCAGACAGAUUAGGAGUAUACUGCAACUUUGAUGGAGGUCAGCUCACGUUUUACAACGCAAUCUCAAAGGUGCCGCUACAUACCUUCAGGAUGAAGUUUACACAGCCAUUGUUACCAGCCUUUAUGAUCUGGUGUGGUGGUCUUGCAGUAAGUACUGGUUUGCAGGUGCCAAGUGUCUUCACUGCACUCCAGGAAAAUGAAAAUGGAUUAAGCAGAUCAACUAGUAGUCUAAAUAAUAUUGCCCAGUAAUGUCUACUGAA